UCCAUCGUUUCCUGUGUGUGGGGUUGAACGUGCAUUUCCUGUUAGCAACCCAGAAGGUUUAGAACUAAUGGCGACCCUUUUCCUUGGCUCUGUACGCAAAUGGACGUCGCGAAAUGAGGCGACUUAAAUACAAUUGAUCGCAACUUAAGAACUGCAGAUGCUGGAAAAUCGAAGGUACACAAAAAUGCUGGAGAAACUCAGCGGGUGCAGCAGCAUCUAUGGAGCGAAGGAGAUAGCAAUGGUACUGAUGAGAAAAAAGGUUCUGAGUUUCUCAGUAAGAAGGUGAUCAACUUGGCCCCCCCUUCAGUCAUUAAUAGCUACAGGUACAUUUUUAAGAGUGUAACAUGGAACAGCAAAUGUUCUCAACUUCUCUGUUGAAUGGCAUUGGCAAUUCUACACCUGUGGAUCCGUCGAUCUUGUACAACAAUUGGUCUGUGUUUGCUGAUGAUGGCAUACCUCCAGCUGCUUUUCAUGAUGGUCCGAAACAGAGAGCCCAGCUUAAUUUAUCAGAUUCGGGAAAUACUCCUGAUUUAUUUGGACUGGUCUCCAGCAUACUUGAUGAGCCUGAUAAACCAGAAUCAUUUUCUGAUUGGUGUAAUUAUUUUGCAUCUUGCAGGGGUUCGUCCUCUAGGUUAUUUCAAUCAAUUUGGUCGACUGCAAAUGGAGACGGUACUGGAUCACCUUUGAAAAAUAAAAUGGAAAAUGGAAGAAUUUCAAAUAAUGUGGAUAUUUCUGAAUACUAUGAAGAAAACUCUCAGACAUUGGAAGAGAAAGUAAAAGCUGAUGAACUUUAUCAAGGAUUUCAAAGUUUGAAUCUUUCAGAACCAUGGAUUUCUAUGCUCAAUAAGGAUACCAAUCAGUCUGAUUCUCAAGCCAGUGAUGUCACAUUUAUUGUGCGAAAUGACAUGGUGCCUCAGAAAGAAGGAUUUUCCUCACAGUCCAAGGAAUUUGAUUGUUGCUUACAAAAUUAUGAGGGAGCAGAGAGGGGACUUUCCAAUUUUAAUAUACAUAGCUUACAUAAUAAUUGCAGUAGUAAUAACACAAACAAACGCAAGGAACACUACAAAACUGACCGAUUUAGAGAUAAUAAAGUUGGAACAUUUGGGAUCAAAGAUUGCAACCGGAAUUCAGAAAAUAGACACAGCUCACAUGUUGGUGAAAUGUGGGGCAAAGUGUUGCAAGAGAAACAAGUAAUUCAAAAAGGACAUGAAGAUUUCAGUGCCAGUUCUCUUAAGAAAAACUUUUCUUGUUCACAAAUGGAUUUCCAUGGCCAGCAGUUUUCCAAGGAGAAUAGCUUUGUUGCUGAUGUGAACAGAAAACCUGCCACUGACUUUCCAAAACGUGGAAAUCGUGCUCGUACUUUACGAGACAGUUUUGAGAAUCAUUGUGAAAAGCUGUAUCAGAAUUGUUUAGAUGAUCUUCCUAGAUCAUCUGAAUUCAUUAAUUUGACAAAGGUUAUGCCACAGAGGAGUGAAUAUAGUCCUCAUUCUUCCCAAAGCAACCUGUUAUGGUCUGAUAGCAACACAAUGAGCCCCACUGUUGAAUGUAGUCCUGUGUUUAGGAAAGAUGGCGACAUCAUUUCAACUCUCUCACAAACAUCAACUACAGCUGCUGUAAGUAGCAGAACUCCAACACAGUUGCCAAUUUCCAGUGUUCUUCAACCUAACUAUUAUCGUGCUGCAGCUCCAAUGGAAUCCUUAAGGCAAGGAGAAUGUCCCAGGUUUUCUAGCAGUAACAUGAAUGACUGGAGUUCAUCUACUGCUGUUGGUAGAAUACAAGAGCAAAAAAAGCCUGUUACAACACUUAACAUUGAUUCCUCAGCUGCCAGAAUUGAUCAAUAUCAAAAACAUCCUGGUGGAUUUGGUACCAAUUGGACAUCACAUCACAAUGUUGGUAAUGAUGAGCCAGUCAAAUAUUUCAGAUAUUCUAAUAAGCAGGAACACAGUAACAACAGAGAUGAUAAGAGAGGGCGGAAAAAUGGAUAUCCACAUCCUUUGAACUCUGGAUCUUUUGGACAAAACCACCAACAGUAUAAUAGUUACUGCAGACAACAAGAGCAAGAUGGGAGCAAUAUAUCUGAUUUCAUUAAUCAUUCUUUUGUACCCACAUUCCCAUUCAUGAUGCCUGAUUUUAAGCAAAAUCAGAACUACUCCACCCAAUUUGGGCCCCAUGGAAUUUCUAACGCCAACUUUCCUUUUCCUCCUUCAACAUUUCCAUUUCCUGAACUAAUUGACUUAUUUUAUUAUGAUGAAUUGAAUCAGUUACAUCCUUUUAUGAAUGAUUUUUUUGGUGGAGAUAUGACCACACCCUACUUUGGAUUUCCACCACCAUUUUCCAAAUACAGACCUAUGAAGAAUCGUAGUGGCCCGGCAAAUGAACUUCACAUUCGAUUGGAAGAAUGUUAUGACCAGUGGCGAGCUUUGGAAAAAGAGAGGAAAAAGACUGAAGCUGAGCUUGCAAGAAACUUUCCUGGAAAGCGAGUGUCCAGUUCAAACAAUGCUGCUAUACCUCGUCUGCCUUCCAAUCCCUCAAGAGUAGAUCGUUUGAUUGUUGAUCAGUUACGUGAACAAGCAAGGGUAUUGACUUUGUUUGGCAAGAUGGAACGUCUCCAAAGUUGUCCAGUUCAUGCUAAUAUAUCUACAACUCUCGAUUGCCAUUUGGAAACUAUUCACGUCACACAAGCACGUCGUAAAGAUGAAAUAAUUAAUGCUGCAAAUCGUCAGAGACAAGGAGCACCUCGCUACAAUGAUGACAAGGAUGUUUUGGCCCUGGCAGCUGCUAUUAAAGACCUAACCAUUUCAACACGAAAGGCUCGCACUGCUCUCUGGUGUGCACUGCAGAUGACCUUGCCAAAAUUUUCCUUGGGGGCUUUGGUCAAGCAUGUUGAAAUUGAAAAAGCACUAAAGGAGCUGUGUCAAGGAGGUGCUAUCAAAAAUGAAGAUGAAAUGUCAAUUGAAGAGAAAAAUAUGAAGUCAGAAUUGGAUCAUGCUGGAUGUUCAGCAAUAAAAAGAGAAGUAUGCUAAAAACAAAAGAGACAGCUUAAAAUGCAGCAGCUUUUGUGAAUUGUCUUCUGGAAUAUUUCAAACCGUGGGUGGCGUCUUCAAAGUCGUACUGUUAGUAUUGUGUGAAAUUCUAGGGUUAACAGUAAGCUACCUGUUAAAUAACUUGGUGAUCUGGGUGGUAAGGGAAAGUUGCAGUCUGGGAUGAGAUUUGAAAGGGAAUGUGGAAAUUAAUGAGUUGGUUAUCAGUGUCUUGAGAGAAUCUGGUGUCAUUUUUGAUAAUUUCAGUAAGAAAAUUGUUACAUCACGUUUUUUGCAACAUUGUGCUAUUUCUGCUGCUUUGGGAUUUUGGCAGGCAUUUCUAUUUGAAACAGGCUUUAUUAUACAUCAUCGGAUGAUAACUAUGCAGUUCAGAAGAUUAUACAAGUUCUUGUGUGGAAGUGAAGAGUAAUAAAAUGCCUUUUUUUUAUCACGGAAAUAAGAAUUUAAAAUAUAGUAAAUGAGAAAUUAAAUACUGAGAUUCAGUAACAAUGCAACGAAAAUGGUACAGUUAAUAAUUUUACUUAACACCCACUUUUGGGCGUGGUUUUGUCACAAUUGAGAUAUAUAAAGAACUUUUAUCAUUUACCGUAUUUUCAGAAAGGUAGUAUAAUUUCUUCUACAAUUGAGUUUUUAAGUAAAUUAAUGAAUGUUCUUUCAUAUUUUACAAUUAUGUAGUAUAUUCUAAAUUACUGCUUUAGAUUAUGGAAAAGUUAUUGGAAACUGCAAAAAAAAACCUGAUCAGGUUUAAUAACUGCCAAUUAAAUGACUAAGAUAUUAAAAAAAACUAUAAUUGAGCUUGCAAAAAUAAUAUACUAAAAUCUGCUAGAAAUGCUCAGUUGAUAUAUUUAAUGGUCUAUUUUCCAUUCUAACUGGCAUUAUUAUAGAACAAUGUUCUUGUGUUUAUUUGACAUAUACUUAUUCAAAUCCUAAAUUUAGGUUGGGCCCUGGAAUUUUGGAGCAGUACUGUCCAUUUCCAUGGUAUGUCAUUUAGCUAAAGAGGCUUGAGGAAGCAUUGAUUUAAAAAAAAAAAAAAAACAGGGUUAAAAUAAUUGAGCUCUUUCAAUCAUUUCUGACUAUCUUUAAUUCUGCUUUCUAAAUUGUUCAAAAGAUCAGAUUAUAAUAACAUAUUGUAAUCCACAAAACCAAAAAUGUGGUUACUUGGUAAGACGUCAUGCCAAUCCAAUCACGAAUAAUAUUUUCAGAACUCAGUAGUUAAGGUGUUACAACGACAGUUAUAUUAAAUUGUUUGCUCAAGGAAACUCAGUUAUAUGCCUGUGCAUCCAAGAACAUUUUAAUCACCAAUGUCAAAUAUUUAUCAGAAGACAUCCAGUUUUUAACUUGACGAGUAUAGUAUUCAGUUAUAUGGCUCUUUUCAGAGAAACUGAAGAAACUACAUGUAGCUCGAACACAGACAUUUAAAGGUGCAUCAAUAAUUUUUGGUUAGCCUCAGGACUCAUUUCACAAAUAGAUAUAUUCUUUUACUUAGAUAAGGAUUAGGUUAUUAAAAACAAAAAAAAUCCAGAACGUAUGUAAUGUUUAACACCCUUUGGGACCAAUGUAACAUUUAGUUUUCUCAUAUUAUGAUUUUGUUUUCAUUUUUAAACUUCCUCUUUAUGGUUAACCCUCUUUUCGAUUCUUAAAUCACAGAUCAUGGACAUGCAUGAUUGUUUGUGCUGUAAAAACAAUCAACUACAUGCCGGUGGGCUUUUCAUUAAGUCAAGCCCAGAGAUUGCAGUCAGCUGAGAGCUAUAUUUUUAUUCUUCCUCACCAUAUAUCAGCUUAUUUCCCAGGCGUAAAAAGGUCACCUAUUAAAGAAACUGCUCUAUUUUAAUUUUUAAUAAUAUCAGUUUUGCAUCUGGAUUAGAAGUUGAUAACCAAGUCUGAAUAUUUUUUAGCCCUUGAUCACUCUGUGAUUUCGAUUUGAAAGCUAGCAAAACUUUAAAAUAUUCUGUCAAUAAUAUGUUUGGAAUAAUAGUUUAGUUGUAGUUGGGUGAGGGAAGAAAUGAAGGCAGGAGAAGAUUUUUUUUGCCACAACUAUAGUUUUCAUCUCAAAUGUAACUUAAUAUUUUAUUUCUGAAUGUUUUCCAUUAUAUUUUGACUACAUUACUAUUUGGAGCAAGAAUUUCUCCUUUUAUUCUCAAAUUUCACAUGUAAUACAAAUUGCUAAAUGGAUUCAGAAAAUAAAAUUAAUCUUCUCUGGGAGAAGUAACAGCCUAUGAACCACAAUAACAAUCAUUACGACCUAGCUUGGCUUUAUGAUAAAUUAAAUUUUUUAAAUAAUAUAAAAUGACUAAAGCUCUGUAUCACUGAGAGGAGGCCAAUCAACAUUUAAUAUCGAAAAUUGCAUAGUUAAGCCAAAAGAAAUAUGAGUCUUGUUAAUUCUACCUCCAUUCUUCUAAUGCGUUUGCCAUACUCAAUACCUACACUGAUGAAAGCAUCGUUGCAUUGAAGUCCCAGAAAUAGUAUCUAACUUAUUUAAGUAUAUUUUAAAGAAUUUACCAGAGAUUUCUCUGAAAAUUUAAUAAAAAACGUAUUUUUUGCUAUUAGUAUACAACAUUAAAAUUAGAAAUUGUCAUUUUAAUCUUAAAGCCUCAUUAAAGUAAAAACAUGGAAAACAUUCUUCUUAAGCCCCUGUCCCAUAUACGUGUCAUCGGCACGCUAGUUAAGCGACCUCGUGGUCGCAUUGAUGCGUGACAGUCCCGCGAAAGUCCCGCGCGACUUCAUGCGUCCGCAAAGCCGUCUGGAGCGUGUGACGUCAUUUGUAGAUGGACACAAAAUGCAGGAGUAACUCAGCGAGACCGGCAACAUCUCUGGAGAGAAGCAAUGGAUGAUGUUUCGGGUCGAGACUUCUUCAGUAUGAAAGAAGGGUCUUGACCCAAAAUGUCAUCCAUUCCUUCUCUCCAGAGAUGCUGCCGGUCCCGCUGAGUUACUCCAGCAUUUUGUGUCUAACUUCAAUUUUCUUGGCCCCGCUCUGGGAGUAGAAGUGGGGGCGGAUCCGGACCGCAACGGCCGUGAGCCCCAGGCUGAGUUCAACAAUCAUUUGCCUGCUGCUGUUGGAGCUGAGACGUUGCAUCGCGCCAGGGUCUUUGGCCUGUCCCACUUUGGCCGUCAGUUACGCGACAGGCCGGUGGCGUGCGAAGAUUUUGUUCGCUACAAAAUUUCGGAGCACUACAAUACCGCGCACAACUCCAUACCCCUGCGCGCUUCUCAGUGAGACCGGCCCCGCACGGCCACACGAUGCCCUUGCGCUUCAACGUGACGGCGAGGUCGCGUAAUUUGCGUGCCAAGGACACGUAAGUGGAACAGGGCCGUUAGAAUCAUUUUCAACAAUUUAGAGAGAGGACUUUUCGGUUGCACUUUUAGAAAUAUUGUGUGCAUAUUUCUUUAUGCACUUCUGAUGCUAUCUAAAAUGAUUUUUCUAUUAAAUGUAUAAUUUUAUCAUGUUUGAUUGCUGAGAAGGUUGAAAUAGAAAACUGGGUGACAGCUUUCAUUAACUUUCAUGGUUUAAACUUUUUUAAAUGGAACAAUGGGAGCAGAAGAAAAGCUGUGCUUGUUUGAAUAAUUUAUCUACUAAAACCCUUUUUGUUCUCUUGGUGCACACUUAGAAUGUGUUCUCAGCCAGAUGAGAGAUUUGUGAUAUUUAUAAUCUGCUCUGCUGUGGAGGAUUCCGUUCAAUCUGAAACUUCCCCACAGCACAAUAUUUUAGUGUAGGUAUCAUCACUUUUUUUCAGAACUAAAAAACUGAAUGAGUAUGAGUGCUACAUAACUUGGAAUAGUUUCAGUUCGCCUCUGUCUUUUGUAUAAAAUAAUAACGAUUACAAAAGAGAAAGAAAUGUUACUCAGGAUUAGUUCUUAGAUUUACUAACCCUUUGUGGUGGGGAACUUAAAAGUAGGACCUAUAUUUGAUUUAGCAUGCACUUAAUGAAGAUAUAAUUGUUUUUUGUAAUAUCAGUUAAAAGAUUAUAAUGUUAAUGCAUUCCAUAUUUAUUUUAAUAUUGAUUCAAUCUUAAUUUAAAUUCAGAUUUAGAAUCUAAUGUACUGUAUUAAUGGAAUUAUUCUUGCCAAACCUUCACAAUAAUCAGAUUAACUGUUACUCAGGAAAUAUAUAUUUAAUAUUUAGUUUUUUGGGUUGUAUGUGCAAAGUAUUUUCCACAAAUCUAACUAUGUACAGUACUAGGUUACCAAAGCUAUUUUUGUUUAACUGAUUUAUUUUAGAAUCCUAGAAACCAUUUUGACUGUAGAGCUAGUGAUAUGCUGAUCUUCAUACAUGGGCUUAGACAAUCAAAAGUCUUGCAUCUUAAAGCUUUGUGAAUGUAAAGAUGGAUUAAGAUAUUUAUACAACUAUUAACAUAGGUCAAACAUAUAAUUUUCUUCGUUCAUAUGACACUACACUGUUGUCAAUUUGAAGCUUUUAACAAAAUUUACCAUGUGAUCUUGUUUUUAUAAAAUGGUAUUAUAAAACCAGGUAGUAUUCAUAGUUGUUUGUAUUUGGGAAGAUUCGCUCAGGGUGAAAUCUCUUUGGGACUAUGUUAACUGUCAGAAAUUAUAUUUGAAGGCAAAGUAGUAGCUAUGAAACAACUGCAUAGGCAUAACAUUACAUUAAAAGGCAGCAUUGAUAGUCUUUGAAUUUAAUUCUACUGAGGUCAGGCCAUAGCAACCAGUAAACAAUUAAAAUGUUCAAGAAUACAUUUUUGAAUUUCUUCCUAAUUGCAACUAUAUAUUGUAAUUUUAUUUGACAAUUUACAUUUUCUGUACAGAAAUUUUUUUUCUCGUACUUUAAAUUUCACAUCCAAUAGGCAGCCAAAAUAAAUAAGUUCUUGAUUUAAAAUAUAUUUACACUUAUUAAAUGUACAUCUGAUUAAACCAAUAUGAAUCAUUUCAAAGCAGUAAUGCAUUAAAAUGUUUAUACUCUUGCAGAUCAUGAUUUUUGCUCAGCUUUAUUUCACAUGCCAGCAGCAGAGAUCGAUUUAGAUCUGUUUGUGAGAUCAGGUAUAACAGGCCAUAAAGGCAAAUGAUGUGUGGAUAAUUUUAUAUCAACUCAAACCAAUGAAAGUAAAUUAUGUCAUGGAUUAUGGUUCAUAGAUAAUGUCUCCAAGUGCUCAUCCAACUACCUUUUAUGUGAACUGGAUUUCUUCCUCCACCAUUAUUUCGGGGACUGAAUACCAGACGACCACAAUUCAUUGGGUGAUUUAUUUCCCUCUACAAUCCUUCAAACCAAUUCAUUGAGUGAUUUUUUUUUUACCUCUUCAAUCAUUCAAAUCUAGUGUUUUAAUCAGUACAUCUGCAAUAAAUUCAAGUAAUUAAGAAUUGAUAUAUUCAACAUCCUGUUUUGUUUAAAUCCCCUGAGUUUUCACUUUUUUUGAUUCAUCUUGAUUGAUAUGUUGAACUUUGCUAAAUGCCUCACUAAAAUCAAUACGUGGCAUCCUCAUAGAUCCUUCUUGUAGCUCCCCAUAAAAGUAAUCAUAAUUGCACUUUAAAAGUAAUUAAUUGAAUAUUGUGUUUUGGGAUAGCUUACAGUUUUGAAAGGAUAUAUAUAUAUAUUAAAAAAAUGUUUUUGUAUGUCCAAUAUUGUAGAACUCCACUGGAAGUUGAGUAUUGACAUUGACUAUAUUUUUGACAAAGGGAAAAAUAUAAAUUAACAAAUGUAGUUAAUAGAAAAUUAAUAAUGUUUAGAAGUUUUCCUUCUAUCAAAUAUAAUCUAUUUAAUCUAUUCAUGAAUAAUUAGAAAUAUGGAAGGUGAUUCAGCCGUGCAUAUUUUGAUUUUUGUUAAAUUUAAUAAAACAUUUGUUUAUACACAACCUUUGCCUUAAGUGCUGCUACGUGGCAUUGUCCAUGUAGCUACACUUCUCCAUAGAUUGUAUUUAUUUCAACAGUAUUUCCAAUUUUAUGUUCAUUAUCUUCAGAUAUUGGAAUUUCUAAUUAAACAAUUGUUCCCUUGCUGACAUGCAGGGUUUAGUGCAGAAGUAAAAUCUUUAUCCCAAAUCCUGUGAAAGUUUUUAAAUUGCAUUAAUACUGUAUAUUAAAGACAAUAUAUUUACCCAUUUAUUCACAAAUAUGCAUUAAUCCCUGUUGCUUAAUUUAUUUUCCUUCUUGCACAUUUUUUAUUUGUAACUCUAUUUUAGGAUUAUUUAAGAAAACUUAUUUUUAACAUGUAGAAAUCACAUACAUUUUUGAAGCAUUUCGAGAAGUAUAUUCAUUACUUGUAAAUGAAUGAUUUAAUUCAUCAUUCCAAGUAAUUAGAUCUGUAUAUGAAACAUUACUACUAUUUUGAAUCUUUUAAAAUAAUUUCAAAAUCCACAGAAAUCAGUGCUGCCUUUAAGACUAGAAUACAACAUGCCUUUCUAUUAUAGGUUUACAGUUCUCAUUUUUGGUAUAAAUAUUAUGGUACUAGUUUGCUACAGAUUUUAAUGAAGCAUUAAAGUCACACACAAGUAUUUAAUGUGUGACGAUGUGACCUAUAUAACGAAGGGAAUACAAGAUGAUUUGCUCGGACGUUUUGGAAAAUCUUAGAUUUUGUUUACACAAAUUUAUUUUUGUAGCCAUAUUGGAUUAUGCUCUCUUAAUGAAUGUGUUGGGCAUUGUAGAUCAUUUUUUGGGUUAUCUAUAUCUGUUAAUUUCGUAUUCAUGAAGCGUUUACUUCUAAAUCGAGUUCUUGUGCAUUUUAUAUAUGGUAAUGUGCCUUUUACUGAUUAUAUUUUCUUUCACACUGUUAAAACCCUGUAUGUACCUUGCUUCAGCAGCUUUAUAAAUACUCAUCAAUGGAUAAAUAUUGUUAAUUUCUGCCAGCUAAAUAUGGAAAAUCAUAGUUAUAUAAUGAUAAUGCAUAGCUAGCAGUGUAGCAUGUUUAUUUUAUUAAAUGUAUUUGUAUCAGUCUGCUUAAGUGAAAGGCAUGCGGCACUGUUGCUUAAUGGUACUGUUGUGAAAUCAAUCAACAUUCAUUGAUUGAUAUAUAAUGACAUGGAAUGUAAUUUAUGCAAUAAUCUACAACCUGUAUUCUCAUCCAAUGAAAAGUUUGUUCUUCAUGGUAUCAUUAUGUUCUACCUUGGAUCAUUGUGACAUUUGCUAACAACAAUAGCUUUUAGGUGCUGGAAAGUCAAGAGGCACUUAUAUAUCUUUCUUUUUCCUAGUUAUAGCUUAGCCCUCAACACCUUUGACCAAAAUUUGAAAACUUAAAAGCAUUUGCGGUACUUGUGUAUUUCACAUUUAAAAAAUAUUCUAUGUUUAAUCAUGUAUUUUAUCUUGAUCACCAACAUUAGGUUCAAGUAUCCAGGACAUUUGUUUUGUUAGAUGUUUGCCUCACAAAUAACAUAUUAUACAAAUAUUGGGGAACAAUUAUCAUUUUUUGUUUUUUGCAUAAGUGGGGAACAAUUUUUAUAAAAUAAUUUAAGCUUUGAAUAGUCUUUUUCACUGCACUUUCCUUGGGUGAUAUUGUCUUUAGCCAAUGGAACAAAUCAUUUAUUUAAAUAACAUUUUUAUUUAAAUUGUGUGUUUAGCCAGAGCCGACUGAAAAUUGGCAUGUUUCUAAAUUACUGGAUUUCUGGAAUAUCUUGGUGGUUUUUAUAUAAUAUAAAUUCUUUUGUUUUCUUAAAAUAGGAGGUAACAGAAUUUUUAAUCCAGUGUGCAAUCGCAGACUUCUCCUGUGAGAGUAAAUUGUUUGAAAAGUAAUUCACGAUAUUAUCUACUUUGACUAUGUUCUCUGGAAUAUUUUCAAUGUUUUAUGCAUAUAACGGGGUAAAAUAUACACGGAGAUACUGUAUACUUAGUAUGGGGAAAGAUUAUAUUUUAGACCUGGUUUAGAAUCAUGUGGUUGGGUUGCUCUUCUCUGGUGACACUCCACAAAUGUGUCUGCACUGGUGUGCAGGUGUGUUCAUUUAUUACAAAGUCUUGAUCACAUGUUGUCAGAGAAGUCAGCAGUACACAAUGUGUAGACCAGUAAUAAAGUUUUGUUAAUGAAUGCUGUUUAAUUAUAAUGUCCUGUCUUUGUGAAUCACUUAAAAUGUUAUUUUGUUAAAAAUGUUUCCGAAUUCAGUCUUGCUAACAAUCACAUUAUUGUUAAUUACAGUCAGCCGUGGCUUUUGAGUGCUGAAUUAUUUUAAAGUUACAGUUUAUAUUUAACUAGAGUGUGUAGCAGCUUUGGAAUUUUGUUUAUAAACAAAAGGUUAAAAAUUAGCACAUUACUGGAAAGAAAUAAAAAUUUGAAAUGGUUUGAUGUUAA